AUGGCCUCCACGGCCACCAGACCCGGCGUCGUCCCGCCAAAGGACCUCGAGAGCUUCCAGCAACACCUGAACAAGUCGACGAGGAUAUUAGCACUGCUGGGCGCGGGACUGAGUGCGAGCUCGGGACUACCAACAUUCAGAGGCGCAGGAGGCUUAUGGCGCACCCACGAUGCCGUACAACUCGCAACCCCCGGAGCAUUCCAAGCAGACCCCGGCCUGGUAUGGCAAUUCUACAGCUACAGACGCCACAUGGCGCUCAAAGCCCAGCCCAAUCCCGCGCACUACGCCCUCGCAGAGCUCGCAAGGAAGAAGCCAGGCUUCCUGACCCUGAGCCAGAACGUCGAUGGCCUCUCCCCGCGCGCCCACCACCCCUCCGCCCAACUCAAACUCCUCCACGGCUCCCUCUUCGACGUCAAAUGCUCAGAGUUCUUCUGCACUCACGUCCAGCGCAACAACUACACCGACCCCAUCGUCCCCGCGCUCGCCCUGCCCACGGACGAAUCAGACCCUACAUCGCGCGAAGCCCAGCGCGAGCUCGAUAUCUCGGAUGAGAACGUCGCCAUCCCCGAACUCACGUACUCGCACCUGCCCAAGUGUCCCGCGUGCAAGAAGGGCCUGCUGCGUCCCGGAGUUGUGUGGUUUGGCGAACAGCUUCCCCGAGAUGUCCUAGAUGAUGUGGAUGCCUUCAUGGCGAGUCCUGAGAAGAUUGAUCUUAUCAUGGUGAUUGGGACGAGUGCAAAGGUUUAUCCGGCGGCUGGGUAUGUCGACUUGGCGCGUAGUAAGGGUGCGAGGGUGGCGAUUGUGAAUAUGGAUAGUAAUGAUGUCCCCGCAGGUGGGCUGUAUGAUGGGGAUUGGUUUUUCCAGGGAGAUGCCGCGCAAAUUAUGCCGGAGUUGCUGGAGAGUGUUAUUGGGGAAGUCAAGAUGGACGAGGUCGUUGAUGCUGCGGCGGAAUGA